AUGGCUCUGAUUUCCGUAACAAUGAGUCUAAUGGGUGAUACUCCACAUUAUCCGUGGCGUAAUUGUCAAUGUCAACGAGGUGGAGAACGCAAUGGUCAUUGUCAUUGUCCAGACAAUGCAAAAAUGGCAAAUACUUAUUGUCGUUAUGGAGGAAAUCAUUGGAUUUGUUUUCCUUUCAGUCGUCGUCGUCGUUCGCUAUCCCUUCAAGAGAAUCAUGAAUGA